UCCCCUCCGGAUUCCUAUACCUUUUCAGGAAAUAUUCAAUCUCAGACAGAUAUAUUCCGCCUCUUGCUGCGAAAGAAGAAAAAAACAGUUGGGAUCCUGUACUAAGAAGUCGGCGAUGGAGGUUCGAUAAGUUCGCAUGGAUCGAGGUUGGAAAAUAAGAUCAUCGGAUGGAGGAUUAAAUACUCGAAUGAGGAUGAUGAUGAUGAUGGCGAUCAUUAAUACAUAUUAGCGUUAUCAUGAGGAGCAACUCCCAAAAAGUGCGAGGGGGAUGAGGACGAAAAUGAAAAAGAAGCUGCGGCGAAGUCGGCAGCCGCAGGAGGACUUCAAUUUGGAGUCGUGGAUGGACACGGUGUCGUCGUCGCCCUCCUCGGAGAACCGUCUGCUUCCUUUUGGCUUAAGCAGGGGCCAAGCGAAGGAGAGGCGACUGGGGGCCAUGAGUCGUCGAAACGUCGUGACAUUUGCUCUCCUCUCGCUCGUCGGGCUGGGCUUGUGUCUUCUCUCUUAUGCAAACUGGACAGCUAUUCCAACUCUGAACCGAUACUUGUUCAAGUCACGGAAUCCAGUUCGAGUGGAUGAUCAAGGAAAGGGAUGCAAUUUUCCCAGAUUGGACCCGUAUGCCCCACAAAUUCGAGAAUUCAUCAAGGAACCGCCCGUUAUUGAUUGUUUCGCCCACCACCCGUUACGAUUCAGGUCCAAUUUUCGGAAUCAACUUCUUCCAGUGCACGCAGGAGUUAUCACCUCUCAAAACGAAACCUGUUGUUAUAAAACUAUUACCAGAGAAAAACAAUCCGACCAUAACGUCAAAUAUUCUAGAACGUGCUUCCCCGUGUCUCUGAAGAAGCCCACAUCAAUCCCUGCGGACCACGAGUUCAUCUCUCUGCGAUGUAGUCGUCCCACGGUAUCCACAAAUUCCAGCAGCAAACUCACCAUCACGACCACUCACAAGGACAUGUUCGCGUUUGUCCAUCCCAAACCCAAGGUGGAAGCAAGGGCGGCUCGAGUUUAUACUGAAAGUGGCAGUGACAAGGCAACAAGUGACCUCCACCGCCGCCCUCUCAGCGUCCUCGUCCUCGGUCUCGAUGCCCAGUCCCACAUGAACUUUCAACGCCAAAUGCCCCUCACGCACUCCUUUCUCCUCCGUAACCUCUCCGCUAUCGGCCUUCAAGGCUACACAAAAGUAGGAGACAACACAUUCCCCAACGUGAUCCCUUUGCUGAGCGGUCUCACAGUGGCUCAGUUGAAGGAACGUUGCUGGCCAAACAAGGCCUCCUACUUUGACGAGUGUCCCUUCAUCUGGAAAUCGUUUUCAGCCCGGGGAUAUCGGACAUCUUUCGCAGAGGAUGCCACCUGGAUGGGCAUUUUCAAUUAUGAGAAACAAGGCUUCCGUCGCCCUCCAACCGACUACUACCUUCAUCCCUUGGCCCUCCUCAUGGCUAAAAAGUUGGGACACGAGACUUGGGGCAAUGCCAAAUUGUGCUAUGGACCGAGACUAGGGUUUGAAAUACUGCUCGACUACAUUGUCAAAACGGCAGUGACAUUUCGAGACAAGCCUUAUUUUCAGUACAUUUGGGCCAACUCGUUAUUUCACGACUACCUCAACAACCCAAAACUGGGAGACGAGCUCCUCCUCCUCACACUGGACUAUUUGAAGAGGAAUGGUUACCUCGACGAUCUUGUGUUGAUCGUAUUGUCUGAUCACGGGAUGCGGUGGGGCUCGAUAAGGUCGACCUAUCAAGGGAAGAUUGAAGAGAGGAUGCCGACAUGCUACUGGGUUUUCCCACCCUGGUUCAGAACAACGUAUGCAAAUGAGAUGGAGGUGCUGGCUGAGAAUGCAAAGUCCGUUCUCACCACUCCGUUCGACGUGCAUGCUACGUUGAGUCACAUUCUGGACAUUGUUACGAGGUCGGAAGGGGUGGAAGGAAAAAGUACUUCGGUAGGACAGAGUCUGCUUCGACCUCUCCAAAGGGGACGGAAUUGUGCCAUGGCUGGAGUGGAGGAACAUUGGUGUGUGUGUGAGCACUAUAAAAUGGCACAAAUUCCACAAAAUGCAAGCAUCGUGACGUCCGCAGCCUCCUAUGUGGUGGAUUCCAUUAACAGGCAGCUGGGCCCCUGGGCGAGUGUAUGUGCCAAACUGAGGUUGGACAAGGUGUCGGAAGCUAUGACGAAAACGGACGAUAAGAACGACGACCUCGUAACAACGACGAUGACAAAACCCAGUGCAACCACACCAGGAUCAAGGAGAGGCAAGACUAAGGAGACAGAAAGGCAGAUUCAGCUCCAACUCACAAUAAUUACGAGUCCCGGUGAGGCUGUGUUUGAGGCGACGAUUCAGAGUGUCCUGGCGGCGACGGCGGCGGCGUCGUCGUCGGAGGAUGGAGGAGGGCGACGGUGGAACGUGUCUGGGGAAAUCAGCAGACUUAAUCUGUACCGUGAACAGAGUCUCUGCGUGAGUGACCCUGUUGCCCAAAAGUUCUGUUAUUGUAGGGACGCCGGAGACGGAGGAGUUAGUACUGCUAAGGCUAAUGAUAAUGCUUCCAAUUCCAAGUCGGAGUCAGAACCACCUUCCUGAUAAAAAUGCCAAUGCAACGGUUAUUAAUAAAGAGAAUUACAAUAAAAGAAUUGCAGUACAAUAAAAUUUUUAAA